AUGAACCCAGAUGACUUAGUCCAGCGACUGGGAGCAGAGGUCUGUGGGGUGGAGGUGGAGAAGGAGAAGGAGAAGGAGGUGGACAUGGAGAAGGAAGUGGAGAAGGACAAGGACAUGGAGAAGGAGGUGGGGGUGGAGGAGGUAGAGGAGGAGAAGGAGGAGGAGGAAGAGGAGAAAAAGAAGGAGAAGGUUGAGGAGGAGAAGAAGGAGAAGGAAGAGGAGGAAAAGAAGGAGAAGGUAGAGGAGGAGGUAGAGGAGGAGAAGAAGGAGGAGGAAGAGGAGGAAAAGAAGGAGAAGGUAGAGGAGGAGGUAGAGGAGGAGAAGAAGGAGGAGGUAGAGGAGGAGAAGGAGGAGGAGGAAGAGGAGGAAAAGAAGGAGAAGGUAGAGGAGGAGGUAGAGGAGGAGAAGAAGGAGGAGGUAGAGGAGGAGAAGGAGGAGGAGGAAGAGGAGGAGAAGGAGGAGGAGGUAGAAGAGGAGGAGAAGAAGGAGGAGGUAGAGGAGGAAAGAAGGAUGGAGGAAGAGGAAGAGAAGGAGGAGGAGGUAGAAGAGGAGGAGAAGAAGGAGGAGGUAGAGGAGGAGAAGAAGGAUGGAGGAGAGGAAGAGAAAGAGGAGGAGGUAGAGGAGGAGGAGAAGAAGGAGGAGGUAGAGAAGGAGGAGGAGAAGAAGGAGGAGGUAGAGGAGGAGGAGAAGGAGGAAGAGAAGAAGGAAGAGGAGAAGACGGAGGAGAUAGAGGAGGUGGAGGAGCAGAGGCUGUAA